GCGGGGCGGCCCCGGGUCACGUGGUGCGGCGCGAGGGCCCGGGCGCUGCCGGCGGAGAACAAUUUCCAGGACUUUUAUGGAUUUGAAAUUGAACAAAAGACUAGAAAUCAGAAUAAUCUUCAUAUUUCCAUGAAUAAGAAGUAAUAAUGCAGCGAAGGCAGGAAAGAGUCAAUGCUGGACUGCUUUUGCUGCUUUAUCAAAUUUCUCAAGUUGGACUCCAGAACACUCCUGUUACCCUUGGGGUACUUGCUCUGAAUGUUUUCUUUCUGAAUCCUGUGAGGCCACUGACUGAAGUGUGCAUCAGUGUAAAUGAAGCCAUCUAAAAGAACUGGCAGCGUUUGCUGCUUUCUCCUUUCCACCAUGCAGAUGACUGGCAUUUGUAAAACAUGGUUUCCAUGCUUUGGAAGGGGGUAAUGCUGGAAAAAAAGCUUAAGAGCGUAUGGUUUGCCUACAUAAUUGCAGUGUUUUCAGUGCUGAUUGGAGUUGUUUAUGUGGUGCUGGAAUUCCUGCUUGUGAAAAUUCUGGAUGACCCUUCCUAUGAAAUGAGUGGUGUAGGUUUUUCAGGAGUCUUGUUGCUUUGAAAGUUCUUAACAACCUACAAUCCAGGAAGAGUCAGCACUGUCCUUGGACUGCGGCUGUCCAGUAAAUAUGCUUGUUGGGUGGAGCUGGUGGCUAUUCAUUUAAUCGCUCCAGGGACUUCGUUUGCUGGGCAUCUAGCAGGGAUUCUUGUUGGAUUGAUGUACACUAAGGGACCUCUGAAAAAGAUCAUGAAAACCUGUGCAGGUGGCUUUUCUUUCUUCACUGACCCUGGCAGGCCAAGGGACUACUAUUCAGACUAUUAUGGCUAUUAUCCAGGUUAUCAAUACAGCACUCCAAGGAACUACUAUGAUUAUACUGGUGGGCUCACUGAAGAAGAACAGCUUGAAAGGGCAGUGCUAAACAGUCUUAAUGAAAGAGAUUUGGGUGGAGCAACGUAUAACAACGAGCGGCGGCCGUACGGGUUUUGGUUCCCACCUGAGCGCUCAGAGGAGGAAAUAAGAAGGCAAAGGCUCCGUAGGUUUGAGAGACGAUGAAAUGGCCACGUGUCCAUGGGAAUUGUGAAGGGCUCUGCAGAGUUACCAAAAGAUUUGCAGAUUCAUUUCUAAGCUGCAAUUCACAGAUUAAUUUAUAAUCUUUCUUCCAUUAUUUUUACUGCUGCUCGCAAAGCUGCAGAGGGUCUUGUGAGUUCAGGCUCAGAAUUGGAACUUGUACAAGAAGUGUGAGAUGGGAAUCAGAAUGUGAUCUUUGGCUGUCUCCAUCUUAAUGCACCUUAAUUAUGGAACAAGACUGAUGGUUUUGCCAAACUGUCUUUUUAUUCCUUAAGUUAUUUUGUGUAGCUCUAAGAAUUCCUUGGCUUUUUGACUGCUGUUGUUCUCAGACAACAAGUUUUCUUCGUCUGUCACAGCUGAAACAUUAAAUUUUCUAUGUAACUUUAAAA